CUCAUUCACCACAAUAGAGACACAUCAUCACUUUGUAAAACGUAUAGAUAUAGCAGAGACAGACAGUUCUCCAUUGAAAAAAAAAGAAACACUAAAGCUUCCUGCAUAAAAUUCCCUUUUUCUUCUCUCUUUUGAUACCUUCAAGAUUUUCAUAAUUACCAAUUACUUCUCUUUUCAUCUCCCUUGAAAUAACAUAUCAGUUUCUGAUCAGAUUCCCACUUGUUUGCUCUUCAAUUUUCCUGUUUUUGAUUAACAAAAUUCCUGUUAUUCACCGAUGCAGAUGGGUUAAGGGCGGUCACGGAUGUUUCUAACAUGUAAUAUGUCUUGAGGCUUGAAGUCUGCUGCUCAUACAAAAUCUACCUAAGCUAUUUAAAUCUGCCCUUUCUGCAAAUCUUGGGCACUGCAAAAGCUGGCAGUGCUCAUGGACGCUACAACAAGUGACACUCCAAGUAUUCAAUACCAUAACAUUCCUGAUCAACCAAGUACUGCAAUGGUGGUCGCUCCUGUACCAACAUUUCAAAGAAUUCAACGGCAUUGCUUUGGGGAUUCCAUUCCCGGAGAAUUUCCCUUGGCUGCCAAUCCCUCCAUUGUGCUUCAUGUCCUGACAGCAUGUAAUUUAGAUCCGAAAGAUCUUGCUAAACUAGAGGCAACAUGCUCAUUCUUUAGGCAGCCAGCAAACUUUGCCCCAGACUAUGAAUUGUCCAUAUCUGAGGUUGCUGCUCUGGACAUGUGCCAAAAGAGAGCUAUAUUUAAGCCAAUGAAUGAAGAAGAACGACAAGAGUUUAAGCAAAGAUGUGGGGGCUCAUGGAAACUGGUGCUGAGGUUUUUGCUGGCUGGAGAAGCAUGUUGCAGGAGGGAAAAGUCACAGGCAAUAGCAGGGCCUGGUCACAGUAUUGCUGUAACAUCAAAGGGAGUGGUUUACACAUUUGGCUCUAAUAGCUCUGGACAGCUUGGCCAUGGCACCAUCGAGGAAGAAUGCCGGCCUCAGCCAAUCAGAUCUCUGCAAGGCAUUCGAAUUAUCCAAGCAGCUGCUGGGGCUGGCCGGACAAUGUUGAUUAGUGAUUCUGGGCAAGUUUAUGCUUUUGGAAAGGAUUCCUUUGGUGAAGCUGAGUAUGGUUCCCAAGGAACUAAAAUGGUUGCAACUCCACAGUUGGUCGAGCCAUUAAAAAAUAUAUUCGUGGUUCAAGCUGCAAUUGGAAACUUCUUCACAGCUGUAUUGUCAAGAGAAGGAAGGGUUUAUACGUUUUCUUGGGGACAGGAUAUGAGACUGGGUCAUCAGACUGAGCCAACUGAUGUGGAGCCUCGUCCUUUGUUGGGAGCACUGGAGAACAUACCAGUAGUUCAAAUUGCAGCUGGAUACUGCUAUCUCCUUGCUCUGGCUUGUCAACCAAGUGGAAUGUCAGUGUACUCUGUUGGGUGUGGCCUGGGUGGAAAGCUUGGACAUGGUUCAAGAACUGAUGAGAAGCAUCCUCGACUUAUUGAACAGUUUCAGCAUUUGAAUUUGCAACCAAUGGUGGUUGCAGCUGGUGCCUGGCAUGCUGCUGUGGUAGGUCAGGAUGGGCGCGUUUGCACAUGGGGUUGGGGACGAUAUGGAUGCUUGGGUCAUGGAAAUGAAGAAUGUGAAUCAGUUCCUAAGGUUGUGGAAGCACUGAAUCAUGUCAAAGCAGUUCAUGUCGCUACAGGGGAUUACACAACCUUUGUGGUCUCUGAUAAUGGUGAUGUAUAUUCAUUCGGCUGUGGCGAAUCAGCAAGUCUUGGACACAAUGCUUUAGCAGCCGGAGGACAGGGAAAUAGACAUGCAAAUGUAUUGACCCCAGAAUUAGUAGCAUCAUUGAAGCAAAUGAAUGAGCGGGUCGUACAGAUCAGCCUUACCAAUUCUAUAUACUGGAAUGCCCACACCUUUGCACUCACAGAAUCAGGGAAGCUAUAUGCAUUUGGUGCAGGAGACAAGGGGCAGCUGGGCACAGAACUAGUUAACAAUCAAACUGAAAGGGGGAACCCAGAGCAGGUCGAAAUUGAUCUCAGUUAGCUAUCUAACUGGCGUCCCUGGCCAUUAUUUACACCAUGCCAUUCUCUAAUUCAUGAUUACACACAUUGCAUUUGGUGUUUAGAUUUCCUUGUCUAUAUUGUACAUAAAAACAAAGGAAGAAUUGUGAAGAUUUAAGUUUAGGUAGCAGGGGCCCAAGCAAAUGCUGCAUUGUUGAUACGAAGAUAUAUAUACUAGCAAAUAGGCCUCAAGCUGUUAAUAGUUGAUACGUUUGUUAAGUUUCAUCGAUAACUUAUGUUGAAUUGCAUUCAUGGGUUUAGUGUUCUUAUCUGUUCUCAGUGGCAACAAUGGUAAGGCUGACCUGUUGGUCUGGGCCAUUGUCCACACGAGGCCAAUAUAUUGCCCUACCGUUGGAAUACAUGCAGACCUAGUGUUUUCAA